UCGCCAUUCGCAUUCUACGGAAGCUAAAGCGGAAUUCAGCUCCCGGAGGAAGUGCUAAGUGGUAGCUUUUGGGAUGAGCCAAAUUAGCCUGCUAUACUCCGCCCACCAACCGUUUGUGCAAUGGCCUUAAAGGAAACAUUAUCAGUAUGUAUUGUCUUCUCAUUCUCUUUUCAGUUCCUCUCAUGCUAUAAUCUUGGUCUGUUCCGGGAAAGAGGAAGAAGGAGGAAUGGUGAUGGCUUUGACGGCACCGUGUGGAUUCCGCUCCAUGGUCAAAAGAGAUCUGAGGAUCCCAUGGGUUCUGGAUGCUCCAUUUGUGCGGCGGCGAGUUUGCUUCAUGGCGGCCGGCGACAGGAAUGCAUCUUCUUCUUCUUCUUCUUCUUCCUCUUCUUUGCGGCAGCAGCAGAGCCGGUUGUCAAUGGAAAUUUCGAGUGAUAAGUGGAAGAAGAACAUGGAUUUGGUUCAUCUGCCAGAGCCAUUAUCCUCAACUUGUAUCCAGGGUUCUGUUGAGGACUCCAAAUUUCGAGUUGCAUAUAAGGGUCUACCAGGUGCAUUUAGUGAGGUUGCUGCCCUUAAGGCCUAUCCUGGCAGUGCAACUGUUCCUUAUGAUCAAUUUGAAGUCGUUUUUGAGGCUCUUGAAACUUGGGUAGUAGAUAAAGCUGUUCUUCCAAUUGAAAAUUCAGUAACUGGAAGCAUCCAUAGGAAUUAUGACCUGCUUCUUCGCCAUCAACUACAUAUUGUUGGGGAAGUUCAAUUGGCUGUUAGCCAGUGCCUAAUGGCCUUACCGGGUGUGGAAAAGAAGGAUCUGAAGCGUGUGUUAAGCCAUCCUCAGGCGUUAUCACAAUGCGAGGCUGCACUGAACAAGUUAGAAAUCAUCCAAGAAAACACAGAUAGUACUGCUGCAGCUGCCCGGCUUGUGUCUUCAAAAAAGCUUUGUGAUGCGGGAGCAAUAGCAAGUCACCGGGCUGCUCAAAUAUAUGGUCUUAUGAUUCUAGAGGAAGGCAUAGAGGAUUUCCCUAACAAUGUUACCCGCUUUAUGAUCUUGGCCAGAAAUCCUAUAAUUCCAAGAAUUGACAGACCAUUUAAGACUAGCAUUGCCUUCACUCUUGAAGAAGGUCCUGGAAUGCUGUUUAAAGUCUUAGCAGUUUUUGCUUUGCGGAAUAUAAAUCUCUCAAAGAUUGAAAGCAGACCACAAAAAACACUCCCUUUAAGAGUGGUUGAUGAUUCAAAGCGCACGUGUUUUAAUUAUCUGUUCCAUGUUGACUUUGAAGCAUCUUUGGCUGAUCUUCGUGUUAAGAAUGCCUUGUCUCAUCUACAGGAGUAUGUUUCCUUUUGCCGAGUUCUUGGUUCAUAUCCAAGGGAUACCUUCGCUCUGUAACUAUUCUGGGAGAAUCCUGAAAAUAUUCAAUAAUGUUCCACAAGGAGGAUUAGCAGUAAGAGCUUUAGUUUUAUUUAUU